AAAUGUUGAAUCAUUCUGAAUGAUAAAGGAAAAAAAAAAUGGGAAAGCUGCUUGGGAGUGGCAAGAACCAACUAUAAAACCAGUCUUCCCUGCAUGUAAAUUGGAGCAAGCCAGAAGGAAACUAGCUGUCAAGCAAACAGCACCUCAUUCUCAAAGGUAAGAAACUUGAGACUCAGAGAGGUUAAGCGCCCAAAAUCGGUGAGUAAAAGUCAGAAACUGAAAACUUCUGAUUCCAAAAGCAACAUUCUUCCCAAACCUUUCUCUUCUGGCCAAGUUUGUAGCUCCCUGCAGACCACUCAAUCUGACAGGCUGAAACAAUAAUGGAGAACUUGCAAGCAGCAAACACAAAAUUUGCCUUCAAUUUUUUCAAGAAUCUGAGUCAAAAUAAUGAAUAUCAGAAUGUCUUCUUUUCCCCUUGGAGUGUCUCAUCCACCCUAGGCAUGGUCUAUAUGGGUGCUAAGGGUAAUACAGCAAACCAGAUGGCCAAGGUACUUGAGUUUAAUAAAGUUGGAGGAGAUGAGGUUGAUAUCCCUCAAAUGACAACUUGUGGGAUAAUGCAGCAAAUCCAGAAGAAACCUUACCCUGUUGCCAUUCAGAAGAUACAAGCUGAAAAUGAUAUCAACUCCUCCUUCAAGGCUCUCAGUGAUGCCAUCAACCAAAUUUCAGAGAAAUAUAUUCUUGAAAGUGCCAAUAAGCUCUUUGGAGAGAAGUCUUCAAGAUUCAAGGAAGAAUACCUGAGGCUUUGCAAGGAAUGUUACUAUGCUGAACCACAAUCUGUUAACUUCAGAGAAGAUGCGAAUGAAGCUAGAAAGGAGAUCAACUCCUGGGUUGAAACUCAGACAAAAGGUAAAAUACCAGAACUGUUACCUGAGGGAUCUGUGAAUGAUGAGACCAGGCUGGUCCUAGUAAAUGCUGUUUAUUUCAAAGGAAAAUGGAAAACUCCAUUCCAGAAUAAAGCAAAGAGACCACAGCCUUUCCGAGUGAACUUGACUGAGCGUAAACCUGUACAGAUCAUGUACCUACAAGAUAAGUUGCACAUUGGCUACAUCAAAGAAUUGAAGGCUCAGAUUCUGGAACUCCCAUAUGAGGGUGAUGUCAGCAUGUUUAUCUUGCUUCCUGAUGAUAUUGCCGACUCUUCCACUGGGUUGGAAUUGCUAGAAAGAGAAAUGACUUAUGAAAAAAUUAAUCAGUGGAUCGAAAAUGCCACAAUGGAGAGCAAUGAUGUUCAUGUGUUCCUUCCCAAGUUCAAGUUGGAAAAGAAUUAUGAACUCAAGUCCAUCCUGCAGAGCAUGGGAAUGAAAGAUGCUUUUAAUAUAAGCCAAGCCAAUUUUUCAGGAAUGUCAGAGAGAAAUGAUCUCUUUCUAUCUGAAGUGUUCCAUCAAGCUGCAGUAGAAGUCAAUGAAGAGGGCACAGAAGCAGCUGCUGGCACUGGGGGUGUCAUGUCAGGGCGAACUGGCCACAUUGGACUGCAAUUUGUGGCAGAUCAUCCUUUCCUUUUCUUUAUUAGGCAUAACAAAACCAAUACCAUCCUUUUCUUUGGCAGAUUCUGCUCCCCCUAAAAUAGAAACAUUCGAUUUCUGCAUGGGAUCUCAUACUAUGAGCAGUAAAUCUCAAAACUCUUAUCUAGCAGUGCAAAAAAUCCCAGAGGCUUUUUCCAUCAUGUAACCAUUUCUUUGGGCAAGUUUGAUAAGUUAGAAAUGGUUAACUGCUGUAAUAGAGCAAUCAGUUUAAUAGAAAUGGAAAGGAUGAUUUGUACACAAAAUGGGAAGAACAUUGAUUUGACUGUUCAUCAUUAGCUUAUUUUAGAAUAUAAUUUUUGUUAUGUUAUUUAUUAAUUUAUAAUAUGGUAUUUUAUAAAUAUUAAUAACCAUUUAAUCUGUUUAUAAAACUAAUGAAGCCAUAAUCUGUCAAUAGAAAAACUGGCCUUCUAAUAAUGCAUUCGGUCAUUGCUUCCUGCAAUAGUGAUUGUAAAAUAUUCCCCCUCCAUCAACUCCAUGGGAAAGUUAGUAUAACAAGAAUGUAAAAAAAAAAAACAAAACUUAUGAAGGAAAAUUAAACCAUAUGCAUACAUGUCUCAGAGAUGUAAUUGAAAUGGCAAAGCAAAAAUAAAUAAUGUCAUUAAAACUA